UAAGAAAAAGAGAGAGGGUCUUCUACGGCUGGCUUCUACUGCCUUUUUCUUUCUUAUAACUCAGCUUUUCGAAGGGUUCGUUGUAGAAUUUGGGAUUUGGAAGCUCUCCAUUCAAGAUAGGAGAUCGACCGCACUGCUGAUAUCUCGUUAAUUCUACUUCUUCCGAUGCUUAGUCCGACACACUAAUGCCGUCAGUAUGGGAAAGAAGGGAAGUUGGUUUUCUGCAAUUAAAAGAUUUUUCUUACCAUGCUCCAAGGAAAAGCUAAAUAAUGAAUCAGAUAAAAGAAGUAAUAAGAAAAAGAAGAAAGGCCUUGGAAAAUUAAGGCGUGGAGAAAACAACGCAUUCCUUCCACUCUUCAGAAAGCCCAGCAGUAUCGAGAAAAUCUUGGGGGAGGCUGAACGAGAGCAUAACCUGAUAUUCAGGCCUUCCUCACCUCCGGAGCAGCCCAUUGUGCCUCGUAGACCUGCAUCUCCACAGGUUCAUUCUUCAAGGGGUGCUUCUUCGAGGGGUUCUUCAAAAUCUGUUUCACCUCCACGAGUUGCUUCUCCAUCUCCACCUCAUCCUCCACCCCCACGAGCUGGUUCUCCACAAGUUGCUUCUCCGAGAGGUGUUACUACAAAAGCUUCUCCUCCUAGGAUUGUUGAUCCUGAACCAGAACCAACUUUAAGGAACCAACACGCUUCAGCAACCCAAAUUCAAGCAGCCUAUAGAGGUUAUAAGGCAAGACGAAGUUUUAGAUCUUUGAAAGCACUAGUGAGGCUUCAAGGAGUUGUGAGAGGUCAGAAUGCAAGACGGCAAACUACGAAUGCCAUGAAACAGAUGCAGCUUUUGGUGCGAGUUCAGUCUCAGAUUCAGUCACGCAGGAUCCAGUUGUUCGAAAACCAAGCACAGGACCGGUUUAAGAACGAUAAGGAAGCUGAGAGUACCUUGGGCAAAUGGAUAAGCCAGGCAUCUGAGGCAGGCAACAAAAACUGGGACUAUAGCGUUAUAACAAAAGAAGAAAGGGAAGCAAGACAACAGAGGAAAGAGGAGGCAGCUAUCAAGAUGAGAAGGGCCAUGUCAUAUGCAUAUUCUAACCAGGUACUAUGGAGAGGUAUUCCGGAAACAGCUCGCACCGCUGUUUCCAGCCUGCCCAGCGGGUCUCAAUGGUGGUGGAGCCGGUUAGAUCGUCGUCUACCUCUCCUCAGUGCUCAUGAAAGCAAAAGCAUGAAGAGUUUCCAAACACCACCAAGGCAAAAUUCCGAAUGGAAGCCUAGUUCAAGACCACAGUCAAGCAGCAGCAAGCAAAGGCAGUUCACCAGUGACAACUUUAUUGAAACUCCCACACCAAAAUCCACAAGGUCCACCGUUGUCCCUGCAACAAAACAGAUGCAAACUCCAUCUUCGAGUUCUGGUAAACGACUGUAUCCAAGAUCAAGCAGAGCUGCUUCACCAUUCAACACAAACAUUAAGGACGACGACAGCCUUAUCAGCUGCCCACAAUUUUCGGUUCCGAACUACAUGAAUCCAACAAUUUCAACAAAAGCCAAAGUGAGACCUAGCAGCAAUCCAAGAGAGAGGUACGUUGGAACUCCCCGAAGCGAGUCAAACCGGAGGCUUUCAUACCCAUUUGCACAAGGGGUCGGAUCUUUCAGGUCAAACAAAGGUUCUGUGAGCAAUAUGAGUGUUGAUUCAACACUUUCUACGCCUACCAAUGCAUCCGAUGGAAGAAAGCCAUUUAACAGAUUUGUGUGAUUUUUUCCCACUUUUCCCAAUGAUUAUUGACCUUAAAUUACUUAUUGUGGUGUUCUUAAUUGAGUGU